CGUCUGGGGGGGCAGAGGUUGGGUAUGAAGCAGGUUGGUAUGGUUUCAGGGAAACAGACUUAAUGGGCCAGACUGAGACCUGAGGUGGGCCUAAUUAGACCUGCAAGCUGGAGGUUUGCCAUACCUGCCAUACAUGGACGCCAUUCCCCCAAAACCCAAAACUCAUUAUUCCAUGCAAGCUAUUAAACAUUGCAUCCAUAACUAUGACAAUCCUACAUGUAUUGGGUGAAGGUGGAAAGUCCCAAGAUCUUGGGAAAAGGCUCACAAAGACUACCAUUGUUGACUGAAAUGAGCAGAACCAAGAAUAAAAAAUAAAUAAAUGUAAGAUGUUAUUCACAGGUGUACGUUUGAAACAUUAAGGCUGUAAUCCUGUACAUAUUUACAUGGGGACAGGUCCCAUUCAACACAGUGGGCAUAUCAUGAGUAGUUGGUUUGGGCGUACUGCUGUCACCCUGCAUUAAUAGAGAGUACAGUACACAUAUAUUUGCACUGGAGGGAAAGAUUGAGAAUGGUGGACAAAUGACCCUUUUCACCAGUUUGUCUGCUGUUACUUGUCCUGUUAUCAAGGGUACACAGCAUUCCCUAGGAUAUACUUAGAAACCUGUGGUCUUUAUUUCUCAGCAGCUGCUGCUUGCUUCCAUGGGGGUCUCUUGAUGUGAUUCACCUUGCAGGUGCUCUAUAAGGCCACACAGUUUUGUUAGACAAUCACAGAUUCACACAGCAUGCUACCAGUGUUUUGGAAGCCUGUGUUUCAAAGCAUAAAAUUAUGUUUUACAAAGAACCUGCUCUCACUUCAAUUCAUGUUUAAAUCUGAAAGUUUUUCUUUUUUAAAAAAAACAACAACAAAUCUGUAGCUCAGAAAUGCCAGGCUCUGCAAGCGAUGAACAAACACCUAGAAGCAGUGCUGAAAGAGAAAUGGGUUCUUAGGCAGAGGCUAAUGAAACCAGUGCGUCAAGAAAGUUUGCCUAUUGAAGCUAUGUACCACAGGCAUGUAGUAGAAUUGUUGGUGUCGGCAGUGGCUUUCAUUGAAAAACUAGAAACCCAUCUAACCACAGUAAGGAGCAUUCCUCAAAUACCUCUAGUUAUGAAAAACAUGGACAGUGCACUAACAAAGUUGGACUUGUUAGUAACAGACACAAAAGCACUGGCAGAACAAAUACUGGAGUGGAGAGAGAAAGUAAAGGAGAUCUUUGAAAACUCACAGCUGACUGCUGAAUCAGAUUCCUGGUUCAGAAGUAUAACUCUGUAAUUGUACACACUCCCCACCAUGCCUUUUCCUUCCCGAUUCGGGCUACUUAGCCAUUUGGUGUGUAGAUAAAAUGCAUGUCUUCUAUCACAUUUAAAGUCACUUGUGUCUGUCUGAAAUAUAUAUUUGUACGUAGAAAUAGUGCUAUGUUAGAAACUGACAACGGAUGUUAAAUGGCCCUCUUGAGGUUCUGAGGAAUAUUUUAAAGAAGCAAUUUUAUUAUGUCGCCUUAACAAGACCAGCUUCAUGUACAUAUGUUUUAUAUUUUAUAGAAAAUGUUUUAUAUAAACAUUAUCUAUUUUAAAAAGUGAGACCACUUAUAUCUUGGUACAAAACUUCAAUCUAAAUACCAGACUAUAGACUCUUUUGUAUGGGUGGGAAAGCUUUGGAUUCCACCCUGUCCUAAUGUGCAUAUAUGAAAAUCUGUAGCUUGAUACCUUUGCUCUUCAUACUGUUGAAUACUGUACUAGAAAAUAAUGCAGAGGAAGAGUAUGGGAAACAGUAUUCCGUUAGUAAUAAACAAACUAAAUAAAUACUU